UCCCCACUCUGUCUCUUCUCUCCUCAAAAACCACAACAAAAGUACUGCUGAGCUGCAGUAUUACUGCGACUGCUGCUGGAUGAGUGUGUGAGCUGUGCUGAGGUGAAAAUGAAGCGCUCCCUGGGGAUCUGUCUGGUGAUCUGCUCCGCUCUGAUCGGACUCGGAUCCGCCCUGCAGUGUUACAGCUGUCAGGGUCCAACAAAGUGCACCACUCAACAACAGUGUGGCUCCGGAGAGGACACCUGUCUCAAACUCAUCGAUACAGCAGGUGGAAAGACUUACCGACAGUGUCUGAAGUACUCAGAAUGCAACUUCAACAGCCUUUCUGGGAAGUUCCCCCAGGUUUCCAAGUUUACCUUCGAUUGCUGCAACUCUGACCUGUGUAACUCCGCCCCCUCCUCCACAGCGAGCUCUGUGAUUGGUCUGCUGGCCUCGGUGGCUGUCAUGUGGUGGUGCAUUCACUGAUGCUGCUCUGUAGCGACGCCCUGUGGCUGUAAACAAUAACAGCAGCAAUAAUUUUAUUGUUUACUACCCAGAAAACAUGUUUAUUCUCUUUUUAUUUACAGGAAACUGCAGCUUUAAUGCCUGAUCUUUCAAAAUAAAGUGUUAAAACUGAAGCUGCUUCGCUCUUUAACUCAAUAGUUUACUCAACAUUUAAUCAAUAAAUGGUGACCCACUGGAAACUGAUUGAUUGAUUGAAUAUUGAUGAUUGGAAAUGCUUGAGAUUCUGUUGCAGGAGGAAUAUGUCAUUAUUAAAAUACAACUUUAUAUCAAAUUAAAUAAGUAAACAUUCUGCUACUUUCAAUAAAUAAUAAAUGUUUGUAAGUGUAUCAAAGAUUAAAACUGACCUUUAAAUAAAAGACAAACAUCUUCAGCA